AUGCCGAUCCGCGCGCUAGACGAUUGGGUCUCUGGCAUCUCUGCCCGCACGACCUCAUCGCUCCCCCUCUCCGCUCUAAAGGGGGCCGUCGUCGGUAUCGAUGCGUCGCACUACAUCUCUCAGCACCUCAUCCACCCCUCUACCCGCGAGCCGCUUCUGAUUGCCCUCGGAGGCUUUCCUUUCGCACUAAGAAGCAACAUUGAGAAGGAACUGCAGGUCUUCAAGGACUUGGGCGUGGCCUGUAUAUUUGUCUUCAAUGGCUUGGACUUUGGGAAGAAGAACCAGCGACCUCACGUGCAUCAUGAGACCGUGAGGGCGUUUGAGAAUGCUUGGGAGCUAUAUGAUCAACAGCAGGCGGACCAGGUCGUUGAUGCGUUUAGUAGUGUUGGUACACCUCGACCGGAGUCUCUGUAUCGCUUUUUGCAGCGCAUUCUCGUUCAGAAUGGUGUCGACUACAUGGUAGCGCCAUACAGUGCCGCCGCCCAGCUCGCUCAUCUCAGCAACGGUCCCAAUUCGGUAAUUGACGCCAUCUGGGGACCAUCGGAAGUACUCCUGUUCGACGUCGAGAAGCUUAUCACGCGGAUUGAAAUCGACCCCGCCCAAUUCUUCUGGAUCACCAAGCAUACAUGUCAAGAUGAACUUGGCAGGUUAACGAAUGAACAGUUCCUCGAUUUUGCCCUCCUUCUCGGCUCUUCAUUUCUUCAGACCUUCCCAUUCUUCGAAAACCCCGCAUUCCCAGGAAAAGCUGCUUCUGUCCGCGAGGCUCUGACUAUGUUUAAUAGCACUGGACGGAGCGCCCUCUCUCUAUGCGGGCAGUACGAAGAGGAACGCCGCAUGCAGGACCUAGAGUAUACGGAUCGUUACAAGCGCGCCUACAUGAAUGUCAAACAUCACGUGGUCAUGGACAUGGAGGGAAGAGUUGGUAUAAUGGAUGUUGAAAAUGCCCCCAACGACAUGCACGAGGUGAUCGGCCAACGACUUCCGGAGGAACUUUAUUUCUAUAUGUCGAAAGGAAUGCUCGGUCCUGACGUUCCUAACUAUCUUACGUCUGGGGAAGUUCUGAUUUCAUUGCCUCUAGGCAUCGAGGACUCACAGGUUUACCGGCGGGUCGCUGGCGAGAUCCUUGCCCCGCUCAGAGAACAGGCCAUAUUCCUACUGUCAAAUAACCUCCAUCGGUUCUAUCAGAGCAAAACAAUCCAUGUUCGGACAUGGUAUAAUGAAAAUGUCGACUCUACCAUUACUCUCCGAACGCCUCCUCAGGUAGUACACUCCAUUCUGUCCUGGAAGAUUUCGAGUGAACGGUACACCGAAGGAGUCAAGAAGUUGCAGGGUUCUUCUGGGCCAUUCAAAUUUGCCGUUCAAAGCCUGAAAGACACCGAAUUCGCGUCGAAAACAUUUGCAUCCAAGAAUGUCACGCCCCUAUCGACGAAAGAUGAGAUCCUCGCCAAUGUAUACUGGCGAUUUUUGCAACUUCGUGGUUAUGUGAACGAAAAGCAUCAACUCACGCCUUGGGGUGUUUGCCUAGAGCAAGCUCUGUCGGUUCUCAACCCAGAAGACUCCCUUGAGGAAGCUACAUUUGUGGCCAUCGAGUUGCUUCGAUUCGGAGUUCUCAAUGCUGAACAGUGGUUCUCACACGUAUCGGGAGGGCCGAUGAGAGGCUCUGAUGAGGACAAAUCUUUUAAUAUGUUAAUUUCCCGCGUUGCCUGCGUUGGCAAGCUGCGGCACAAGAACAUUGGUUACUCUGGGCCACUGAGCAGACAGUUACUCUCUUACCGUUCACUUAUCACCGAAGUCCGUGCGACACUGCGAAACCUCAUUGAGAUCUCACUCGUUAGCCUGCUUCUCAGCGGGGACGCAAACCGCGAUCGCAAUGACUGGACUGAACUAGCUAUCAGGCAAGUCUGGCACUCUGGCCUUCCGUUCAUUGAUGAUAACGACUGCGGUCUGGGGAUUGCUGUCCGGACGUACCUUGACGACCUGCCACUGCAGUCUGACCCAACCUCAAAAGAGGCGCGCGAAGAGGUGAAGGCCAAGGGCAAGGAGUGGUUCCAGCACAGCGAUAGCUUUACAGGAAACUUGGACAGGGCAUUCAAACUCUGGGAUGCGGUCUACAAAGGUUCCCAGAAUGCGGGCAAGGAGUUUAAGGAGGCAAAGACUUGGGCUGAUGCGAACAAAUGGUUGUCUGAGAGACGGUGA